AAUAAUGUCAUAGCAGAGAGCAGUUUGUUAGCCCAGCAGGAUCCAGGGAAGCGGAGAGGACCAGAGCCCCAGUCAGCCCAGCGGCCUGCUGCCCUCCCCUGGGCCCAGAGUCAGGCUACUGGAGGCAGCUUGCAGAGAGACAGGCCUGGGGCCUUCCUCCUGGACCUCCACAACUUCCCUGACCUCUCCAAGGCUGAUAUAAACAGACAGAACCCCAAUAUACAGGUGACCAUAGAGGUGGUGGACGAUCUAGAAGGGGCGGAGCAUGAGAAAGACCUGAAGAUGGAGAACAAACCAGGUUUGGCCGCUCCCAACCGGAGAAACUGGUGGCAAAUCACCUCCUCCUCUUCAUCCUCCUCCUCUUCGGUCUUGACCCCACGUCGACCCAAGGAGCAGGCUAGGGAGCAGCAGCCCACCUACAGAGGAGGAGUAGAACGUGGCAGUAACACAGAGGAUAGUAACUUCCUGAAACCACGAGGGGACUGGGAGAGGAGAGGAGGCGCAGGAGGAGGAGGCACCAGCAAGGCUCAGACUGAAUAUGACUAUAUAGACGGAGAGGGUGACUGGAGUAACUGGUCUCCGUGCAGUGUGACCUGUAGGAACGGGAACCAGAAGAGGACCAGGUCAUGUGGUUACGCCUGCACCGCCACUGAGUCACGCACCUGUGACAUGCCAUCCUGCCCAG